AUGGCCGACGAUAUGGCUACGCCGAGCGUGUCCCACCCCCGCAGCGGCUCGGAGGACUACGGCGCAUACGAUGAUGCCAAAACGUAUUAUACCUCUGACGAGCGCCACAUGAACACUCGGGCCGGUGCGCGCACCCGCACAUAUUCCCAGAACAGUCUGCAGAAGCAGUUUGCCCGUCUCGGCCUCAAGGAGCCAUUCCGACGAGGCAGCCACGAUGAAGCCACGCCGAAGCUGGGCCGGCGCUUCCUCAUCGAUGUCGACACCACGUUGGAGAACCUGCAGUCCCAGGAGGACACGGACGGCAACAUGCAGAUCACCAUUGAGGACAGUGGCCCCAAGGUGUUCACGCUCCGCACCGCUGGGUCCAACGGACACAACCGUUUCGACAUCCGCGGCACAUACAUGCUGUCCAAUCUGAUGCAGGAGCUGACUCUGGCCAAGGAGUACGGCCGUCGUCAGAUCAUCCUAGACGAAGCCCGUCUCAACGAGAACCCGGUGAACCGGCUCUCCCGCAUGAUCCGGGACCAUUUCUGGGACAGCCUCACGCGUCGAAUCGACGCCUCCAGCAUCGAGGUUGCUGCCCGCGAUCCCAAGGACUGGACCGACGACCCGCGUCCACGCAUCUACGUGCCGCCCGGAGCCCCAGAGCAGUACGCUUACUACACCAAGCUGGCUGAGGAGAAGCCCGAGAUCCGGCUGGACGUGCAGCUGCUGCCCGAGACCAUCACCCCGGAGCUGGUGCGCGACAUGAACGAGAAGCCCGGCCUGCUGGCCGUGGCCAUGGAGGAGGUGGAAGACCCGGACACCGGCAAGACUACGCUGCGUGGACUGCCGUUUGUGGUGCCGGGCGGCCGCUUCAACGAGCUGUACGGGUGGGACAGCUACAUGGAGUCGCUAGGGCUGCUGAUUAACAACAAGACGCACCUGGCCAAGAGCAUGGUGCAGAACUUCUGCUUUUGCAUCCGCCACUACGGCAAGAUCCUCAACGCGACGCGGUCGUAUUACCUCUGCCGCUCCCAGCCGCCGUUUUUGACGGACAUGGCCCUGCGCGUUUUCGACCGCAUCCGGGACGAGCCCGAUGCCAAGGAGUUCCUCCGCACGGCCAUCCUGGCUGCCAUCAAGGAGUACUUCAGCGUGUGGACGUCGGAGCCGCGCCUGGAUCCCGUCACAGGCCUGUCGCGCUACCGGCCUGAAGGACUGGGUGUUCCGCCUGAGACGGAGGCGACACACUUUGUGCACCUGCUGGAGCCAUACGCGGCCAAGUACGACAUGGCGAUUGCCGAGUUUGUGCGGGCCUACAACUACGGCGAGGUGAAGGAGCCGGAGUUGGAUGACUACUUUCUGCACGACCGUGCGGUGCGCGAGUCGGGUCACGACACGUCGUACCGCCUGGAGCGGAUAUGUGCAGACAUUGCCACGAUCGACCUCAACUCGCUGUUGUUCAAGUACGAGCUGGACAUUGCGCGGACCAUCCGCACAGUCUUCAACGACAAGCUGGAGAUCCCGGCCGAGUAUUGCGUGGGCAGCAUGCAGCCAGGACAGGUGGAGACAUCGGCGAUCUGGGACCGUCGGUCCAAGCGGCGGAAGCUGGCCAUUGACAAAUACAUGUGGAAUGAGGAGGAGGGCAUGUACUUUGACUACAACACCAAGACGCGCGAGCGUUGCACGUACGAAAGCUGCACGACGUUCUGGGCCAUGUGGGCCGGCGUGGCUAGCCCGAAGCAGGCAGCGGCCAUGGUGUCCAAGGCACUGCCCCGGUUUGAGGCCACGGGCGGCCUGCUCUCGGGCACGAAGAAGUCGCGGGGCGAGAUCUCGCUGACGCGACCCAACCGGCAGUGGGACUACCCCUACGGCUGGGCGCCGCAGCAGAUGCUGGCGUGGACCGGUCUCUCGCGCUACGGGUACGAGGAGGAGGCCGGACGGCUGGCGUACAAGUGGCUGUUCAUGAUCACCAAGGCCUACUACGACUUCAACGGCGUGGUGGUCGAGAAGUAUGACGUGACGCGACCGGUUGAUCCUCACCGAGUGGACGCCGAGUAUGGCAACCAAGGGCUGGACUUCAAGGGCGUUGCCAAGGAAGGAUUCGGCUGGGUCAAUGCCAGCUACGUGUAUGGCCUCCAGAUGAUCCAGGCACACGCACGCAACGCGUUGGGCACGAUGACGCCUUGGGAGGCAUUCACGGCGGCGAUUGAGCACGAGAAGGAAAAGGCUCUGGCGACGAUGGAGUAG